AUGGAACAUGCAAUUGAAGAAGAGCAUGUUAAGACACUUUCAAUGAAUGAAAACAAGAAAAUGCAAGUAAAAAACUUCAUAUGGUCUAAAGAAGAAUGGCCUACUUUAAAACACGACGAUUUUGGAGACGUUGAAGAUGAUAUUCCGGUGAUAAGUCUUAAUAAUCGUGUUCGUGACAACGAUGAUCAACAAGUUUAUGACAAUCUAUGCAAUGUUAUGGUGAAAGCAAGUGAAGAUUGGGGAUUUUUUAAGCUUGUUGAUCAUGGGGUGUCUAGUGAUAUCGUUGAGAAUUAUAUUACUCGUUUGCAUGAACUUUUUGAUCUUCCAAUGGAACAAAAGCUUAAAGGUGGCAAGACAUCAAGUUUGCCAUUGGGGUAUUAUGCCUCGAAUCCUGAGUAUGGGGAAAAUUUGCCUUGGGCCGAAGUCUUGCAGCUACUUCAAUCGCCAGAAAUGGUUGUUGAAUUCGCGAAAAAGGUAUAUGGUGAUCAAUAUCACACGUUUAGCAAUGCAAUGAUUGAGUACAUGAAAGAAAUGGACAAGCUAGGAAUGGUUAUAUUUAAAAUGUUGGCACAUGGAUUAGGCCUUGAAGAUGACUUUUUCUUUAGCAAAAAUUUUGAAGAAAAAGAGGCAACUUAUUUUAGGGUUAGUAGAUAUCCUCCUUGUCCUCUCCCAGAGAAGAUUGUUGGUAUAGGGAUCCAUUCAGACCCACAAACUUUAACUAUAUUGCAUCAAGAUCAAGUUGGUGGCCUUCAAGUCCUCAAAGAUGAUAAGCAAUGGAUUGGAGUUAGUCCUCUUCCAAAUUCAUUUGUCAUCAAUAUUGGUGACACCCUUGAGGCUUGGACAAAUGGAAGAUUAAAGAGUGUUAUACAUAGGGCAGUGGUGAAUAAAGAGAAGCAAAGGCUAUCAAUAGCAUAUUUUAUGAGUCCAACAAGUAAUGCAAUUAUUGAAUGCCCACCUCAAUUAAUACAUCCAAUUUAUAAUCCAAGAAAAUAUGUACCUUUUACAUGGGCUCAAUUGAGACACCUUCUUUUGACUACUAGGAGGGUUAGGGGCAAAGCAAUUGCCCUCAAUAAAUUUCUUAUAUCUAAUUGA